AGCGAGGCGGCCGGAGAGCCGGAGUCCCGACAAAGCCCGGGACACGGGAACGGACCCGCUGUCAGCGAGAGCGAAGUGAAAGAACCCAAGGAGGAGCACGGAGAGGAAAGCCGGUGCUCAGGCACAGACUCCGAAAAGAGCAAAACGAUGUGUGAAGACGGAGAGAAAAGCAGCGGCGGCGACAAGAGGCGGCCGAGUGUGGAAAUGUCCUCGUCAGACGGAGAGCCACUCAGCCGCAUGGACUCCGAGGACAGUAUCAGCAGUACCCUGAUGGAGAUGGAGAGCACAGUGUCCAGUGGGCGCUCCACCCCUGCCAUGAUGAAUGGCCAAAGUAUGGCCACUUCCUCUGCGUCUAAAACAGUAGCUUAUCCAUGCUGCUGGGACCUCUGUCCACAGUGUUCAACUACAGUCCUGACCUGGCUGAGCUAUCAGGGGCAUUCAUGUAGCGGGCAGAAAGGAGGGGUGUUUGUGUGUCUGUGGAAAGGUUGUAAAGUCUAUAACACACCAUCCACAAGUCAGAGUUGGCUCCAGAGACACAUGCUGACCCACAGUGGUGAUAAACCAUUCAAGUGUGUGGUUGGUGGCUGCAAUGCCAGCUUUGCUUCUCAGGGAGGCCUGGCCCGCCACGUACCCAGCCACUUCAGUCAGCAGAAUGCAUCCAAACUGUCCAGCCAGGCUAAACUCAAGGAGGAGUCACCCUCCAAAGCUGGACUCAACAAGAGGAAGAAACUCAAGAACAAACGCAGGUGCUCCCUACCAAGGCCUCAUGAUUUCUUUGAUGCACAGACAAUGGACGCUAUUCGCCACAGAGCCAUCUGUCUCAACCUGGCCACCCACAUUGAAAGUGUUGGGAAUGGUCACAGCGUGGUUUUUCACAGCACAGUGCUGGCCCGAAGGAAAGAAGGCUCUGGCAAAGUGAAGGUCCUUUUACACUGGACACCAGAGGACAUACUACCUGAUGUCUGGGUGAAUGAAACCGAGCGAUCUCAGCUUAAGACUAAAAUUGUGCACUUAUCCCAGUUACCCCAGGACACGGCCAUGCUGCUUGACCCAAACAUAUAUAGAGCACUUCCUCAGAAGCGGCUGAAGCGAAGUCUGUGACCAGUCCUCUUUGGACCCAACGCUUAAAGGGAAAGCCUUGUUCAGAGGAGGUUUAACGACAUGAGGCGCUCUACAUCUGUCUUUGCUGAACAGAAAGACUGAAGUUCCCAUGAAAAGAAUUGAAACUAGCUGCACGCUUUCUUUUUUAUCCUCCCAUUGUAAGUUUUGUAUAUUUGAAAUUGCUGUUUCAGUGAAGUGUGGCGUGCGAAAAACUUCCUUUUUAAUCAUGCCACAAACUGAUAAAACUUUUGUACCCAGUGGUGUGAAAACUGUUUUGUGUAACCUUGUUGGAAAAGCAAAAAUAUUUUAUAAAUGUUUUGUGCAAACUAUUUAUGCAAUUUUUUAACUUAUUUUUAUACUAUAAAGUUGCUGGUGUAUUGUGGAUGUUUGUAAAAUGUUUUGAAUGGACCCGUGUUUACUGUAAUAAUAAAUGUGAACCAUCAGUUUUAGGGGAAA